GGAAGAAUCAAUAUCGUGAAAAUGGUCAUACUGCCCAAGAUUGUGUCAGAAGCGAGAUCUGAAGUGGAGCUUCCAGUAUCCCUAGGAGCACUGAGUAAACACGGAAGGUACCUAUAGGAUACACUUGUGUCCAUUGAUCUCUCAGAGCUGCUGAGAAUCAAAGAGUUUUUUCUUGAAGGGCUCAAGGACUGAAGCAUCCCACAAAAUGAUUCUACUGGAUAAUUCCGAGCAGCUGCUGGCCCUAUUUGACUCUUUAGCAAGGAGCAUUCCUGAGUCCCUGAAGGUGUAUGGCUCUGUGUAUCACAUCAAUCACGGGAACCCCUUCAACAUGGAGGUGUUGGUGGACUCCUGGCCUGAGUAUCAGAUGGUUAUUAUCCGGCCUCAAAAACAGGAGAUGACAGACAACAUGGAUUCAUACACAAAUGUAUAUCGUAUAUUCUCCAAAGAGCCUCAAAAAUCACAAGAACUUUUGAAAAAUUGUGAGAUCAUCAACUGGAAACAGAGACUCCAAAUCCAAGGUCUUCAGGAAAGUUUAGGUGAGGGGAUAAGAGCGGCUGCAUUGUCAAAGUCAGCGAAGGUAGAGCAUUCGACAGCAGUCCUCUUGGUUACGGAAGAUAUUCUGAAGCUCAAUGCCUGCAAUAAAAGCAAGUUUGGAAGUUGGGCUGAGGCAGGCCACCCAGAUGAUGACUUUGAAAGGGAAAUUCCCAACUUUAAGUAUGCCCAACUGGAUAUAUCUUAUUCCGGGCUGGUAAAUGACAACUGGAAGCUAGGGAAGAAUGAGAGGAGCCUGCGUUACAUCAAGCGCUGCAUAGGAGCCCUGCCAGCAGCCUGUAUGCUGGGACCAGAGGGGGCCCCAGUCGCAUGGGUAACCAUGGACCCUUCUUGUGAAGUAGGAAUGGCCUACAGCGUGGAAAAAUACCGAAAGACAGGCAAAAUGGCACAGGUGAUGGUGCGAUAUAAGAAGUAUCUGCUUCAGAAGAAUAUUCCAUUUUACAUCUCUGUGCUGGAAGAAAAUGAACGCUCCCGCAGCUCUGUGAAGGCGGCGGGUUUCUUUGAGGCCUCCUGUGAGUGGCACCAAUGGACCUGCUACCCACAGAAUCUAGUUCCAUUUUAGACAAUGAAGCUGCUUAGCAAUUUGAGCAAGCCAUCUCUUAAUAUUAAAGCAGACACCACAGAAUAGCUUUCUUCACUUACAAAUGUUGAUUGGGCAUUUAUGAUACGGCAGGAACUCUUCUCACAUGGAAACUUGAUGUUAAAAGACACAGUCAUGCUCUUGAGGAGCUCACAAUCCAGGCUGGAGGCAGGGGAGGGUAUAGUCUUUAAAUAUGCUUAAGCGUUGUAGGGAAGGACGGGGUUACCAGUAAACAUGUCACCAGAAAACCAGGCUCAGUUCUUACCUCUGGGAAUCAGAACUCUUUAUGAAACUUGAUUGAUAGAAUCUACUAUCUGGAAGAUAAAUAAAGAACUUUAAUAAAAUUGUCAACAGAAUA